AUGUCAUCAUCCAAAUCUGCUAUAUUCUGUAUUGUGCUUUUUUCUUUCGUUAGCCUUCAUGAAGGUUUCAACCAUAGACAUCUUUUAGCCGUACCAAGACCGUGCUCUCCAACAGCGAAUGGUAAAUGGGAAACCCUCUCAGUUUCCAAAGGAAAAUUAAACACUAACACAUGCAAUGUUCUUGUUAUUCUUGAUGGGGUUGAUCAGUUAGAGCAACUAAAUGCAAUGGCCAAAGAAACUCAGUGGUUUGGCUAUGGAAGUAGGAUUCUCAUCACAACACAAGAUCAAAGACUUUUGAGUGCACAUGGUAUCAGCCAUAUUUACAAGCUGAACCUUCCAGCUACGGAUGAAGCUCUCCAGAUCUUCUGUCUAUACGCUUUCGGCCAAAAGUUCCCACAUGAUGGUUUUAAGAAACUUGCUAUGGAGUUUACUCAACUUGCGGGUGAACUUCCUCUGGGUCUUAGAGUUAUGGGAUCUUAUCUACGAGGAAUGUCCUUGGGCGAGUGGGAAGACGCACUACCAAGGUUAAGGACAAGCCUUGACGGUGAGAUUGGUGAGAUCGAAAGAACUCUAAGAUUUAGCUACGACGCCUUAAGCGAUAAAGAUAAAGCUCUUUUUCUGCACAUAGCAUGCUUGUUCCACGGUUUUCGAGCUGACCAUGUGAAACAGUGGCUUGCUAACAGCGGUUUGGACGUUAACCAUGGAUUGGAAGUCUUAACUCGUAAAUCUCUCAUAACUUCAAAUGUGGGUUUCUUAGGGAUGCAUUCUUUGCUGCAACAACUGGGCGUUGACAUUGUCCGUAAAGAAUCUAUCAGAGAGCCUGGAAAACGUCAGUUUUUAGUAGAUGUUGAUGACAUUGCUGAUGUUAUCACAGACAAUGCAGGCACUGGGACUAUCCUAGGCAUAAUGCUCAAUAUCUCUAAGAUCGAGGACGCAUUAGUGGUAGAAGAAAGCGUGUUUGAUGGGAUGACUAAUCUUCAGUUUUUGAUAUUUCACCACUGUUUAAGAAACUUCCCUCUAGGUCUAAAUUGUCUUCCUCGUAAACUCAGGUUACUGCACUGGGACUACUGUCCAUUGAGAGUUUGGCCCUCUACGUUCUCCACAAAGUUUCUCGUUGAACUUAUAAUGCGGGGGAGCAAAUUUGAGAAGCUGUGGGAAGGAAUCCAGUCACUUAAGAAUCUCAAGCGGAUUGAUUUGAGUGAUGCCAGGAGCUUGAAAGAUAUUCCAGAUCUCUCAAACGCCACUAACCUCGAGUCAUUGCUUCUCUCGUUCUGCACGAGUCUAUUGGAAAUUCCUUCCUCUGUUGGAAACUGUACUAGUCUUAAGACACUGGAUCUCAGUUGCACAAGUCUUGUGAACCUCCCAUCCUCUAUUUGUAAUGCCACUAGUCUCGAGAAACUGGUCCUUAGGUUGAAAACUUUUCCAGAGAUCACCACGAACAUCCAAGAACUCAAUCUGAGUAGUACAGCAAUCGAAGAAAUGCCUUCAUCUCUCAGGUUGUGGUCUUGUCUCUAUAAACUGAGAUGCAGAAGCCUGAAGGUGUUUCCACCUGUUCCUGAAGGAAUUGAAGAGCUGGACUUGAGUGAUACAUUAAUAGAACAAGUUCCUCCGUGGAUCGAGAAUCUCUCUCAGCUUCGACACUUGGCUAUGUUCAGAUGCUGGAAGCUGGACAAUGUUUCAUUAUCAAGAAUAUCCAAGAUGGUAGGUGUUUCUUGUAUGCAAAUUACUCGUGGUGAUAAGGAUACCUCUAGGUAUGUGGAAGUAAACAUCAGGUGGUUUUCUGACUUCUUAAACCAGUGGACUUUACAGACGGACAUGUUACAGAUUUGUCUGCCAGAGACGGUUUACAUUUCUCCACUGUCACUGUUUUUCAUCCGUAAUGAUUUCAAGACUAUUCCAGAUUACAUCAAACAACUUCCUCAACUAAAACAGCUUUCACUCUAUGAAUGUCCAAGUCUUGUAUCGUUACCUCAGCCUCCAGAUUCCCUUUCAUCUUUAGAUGCGGAGAACUGUGUCUCACUUGAGACCAUAGAUGGCUCCUUUCACAAUCCAGACAUCCGUCUGAAUUUUUUGAACUGCGUCAAGUUGAAUCAUGAGGCGAGAGAGCUCAUCCAGACAUCGGUUUGCAAACAUGCGCUUUUACCCGCUGGAGAAGUUUCCGGACACUUCAUUCAUCGAGCUACUGGAGGCUCCAUAACAAUCCAUUUGAAAGAGAGGCAUCUUCCUAUGUUCUUGAAAUUUAAGGCUUGUCUUUUAAUGAUCGACGACGAGGGCGAUGUUGAUGAGGAGGAUGAUGACUAUGACUAUGACUAUGACGAGGAGGUCAUAGUCUAUGGUGAUUAUGAUACUUACCCACAUAGCGAUCAUUAUAAGAAACAGGAUACUAUGAGGCUAUCUUGUCGCGUCGACGGCAAACAGAAUGGGGUCACUACUCGAUAUGGAUCGAGUGUGCAUAUAUUACCAACUCCACGUGCAUUCACAGACCAUAUCUAUGUAUUUGAAGCUUCUUUUUCUCUAGACGAGUGCAGCAAUCCUGAAGGAGAAAGCGAACUUGUCUUUGACUUCAAGGUUCACGAUUACUUUUGGGUGAUAAAAGAGUGUGGUCUUCAACUCUUGGAGCUCCCUCAUGUUCAUGAACACGACUGAUGAGAUGUUCCGAUAGAGUAGACAAUUGGAACAUUAACACUUACAUUCAUACUAUAGGAACUUCCACAAAGCUCUGUUGUUCAUGUCUUUCUGAAGCCCCGUUUAAUCUUCACCACUGAAACCAGGUUUCUAGAGAACUUGUAACACAAACAAAGCUACAAACUUGAUUACUGCCUGCCACUAACAAAACUACAGCUCUUUUAUAUUUCUCAAUUUUCAUCGUGUACUUUGCCCACAGGCUUCACUCUUUAAUGCCCUUUAGCUGACUCGAUCUGUUUCAUACGUUUCUGAUUCUCCUUCUCGUGUGAAUCUGAUGGAAAUGACUAACCGUAGGUAACAGUCAGUGAGAAAGAAGUAGAAGACUACCUGAUUUCAUAAAAUCAUCGGAGUCCGCAACUUUUCAAAUGAUUUCAUUUAAUCCGAAUUUAUAUCUUUUCAAAAGCCGAUGGGGUGAAGACAAUAGGCCUAUUUCGUAAACGUGAGAAUUUUGUUUUUUUUUUUUAUCAAUAUAAACGUGAGAGUUUUGAAUCUCAAAAAUAAAAGUAAAAAUUUUAAAAAUAUUCCCAUCCCCCUGAAAUAAAUGUGGCCGACCCAAACACCUAAAAAAAAUGAAAUUCGUUGUUUAAAACAAAAAAACGAAAGUUCUUUUCACUAAUUAAUAAACCAGAAAAAGGAAAUU